UAGCAGCAUCAGCGCCGACUGGGUACCCUACCAGGUUGCACCGCGACGUGUGUAUACCUGUUAAAGUCCGCGUAUGUCUGUUGCUUCUUGCAGUCAGGUACGUUCGUCCGUCCGUCCGUCCGUCCGUCUGUACGUCCGUGGCGUGUUCGUCUGUCCAUGCGUCGGUCGGUUGGUGCCUUCCCUGCUGCCUGUCUCUGUCUCGCGGGGCCCGGUCCGGUGGGAUAGGACGACGCCGCGGUGGAAGGAGUAGUAAGCGGCCUACGCAGUUUCAACCCGGGUCCCAGCUUUUAUUAGUUCUUCGACGCUCGGCGGAGAACGGUGCGUGGCCGGAGUGGUAGCCAAACGAAACCAGCGCGUUCAGCUCUCCGGGAUUACCUAACUAACCAACCGGUAGUAAGUUCCGUGCGUAAGAACGUAUCGUCGUCGAAAGCCACGGUGACACGUGAAACGACACACGAACGGGACAACGAACGAACGAACGAACGAACGAUCUGGUCAGAUCGAUACCGAUACCUUAAUUUCAUUUGAAAGAAAAAAAAGAAAAAAAAGAAAAGAAAAGAAAAAGUUUCUUUCAGUUGUGAAUGACUUUUUCGAAAAGUUGAGAAACGAGAGAUCUACGUUGCUGUGGUGUGAUUACGGAGUGACUACGAAGUACUCGGAGACAAGUGACGAACAGAGGAGCUGUGAAUCGCGAUCGAGUGUCGGUGAACGAUAGUAUUUAAAGACGAUAAGACGAGAAAGAGAAAGAGAGGGGAAGAGAGAGAGAGAGAGAGAGAGAGAGAGAGAGUAUCGAGCGGAGAAAGGAAUCGAUCGAUGAUCGAUGAUAAUCGUCAUCGCGACGUCGCAUCGGAUCAGGAUCGGGCGCAAGGUGUUCGUCUCGCCGGUCCCACGGGACGAGACACCCGGCUGCCCCGGUGGCAGUGACAGUUGCUCUACGUGAGAGUGUUUUGUUCCAGCUGAACCGCUCGAGAGCUCCGGUUUUCUCUCCUCCUCCUCCUCCUCCUCCUCCUCCUCCUCCUCCUCCUCUUUUGCUCGUCCUCCUCGUCCGCAGUGUCCGUUUGGCUCGCGGGUACGAAUCGUUUCGCUGCGCGAAAAGGGGGAUACCCUUAAACAGUAUACCAGAGGCAUUACCCGAUCGGAAUGCUACCGUGCCAGUGAAGGUCGGUGAUCGGGUCUGAGAGGGAAGGAGAGGGGAGAUAGUGAAUAUAGAAAGAGAGAAAAAAAGAAAGAAAGCAUUUAGAGGCUGGGGUGCUAAGGCACACACUUGGGUGCUCGGUGAGAGGGGUUGCGAGGUAAGAGGAAAAGAGAAAGUACGAAGAAAAAUAUCCAAAAGAAAAUAGAUAAAUAAAAUUAAGAAAAAGCUAAAAUAAAAAAAAAAAGGGGAGACCGAUUGGUGGUGUCCGGCGUCUAGGUGUCUUACGAUUUGGAACGAAAAGCCGGGAGGAUGCUCGAGGUUCAGCGCUCGGAUUUUUUAAGAGAGGGAGGAGCCUGCAACCCUCCUACCACCGAUUUACUACACCCCGAUACGACCGGGGCUUCCGUCUCCGGAUGGAAGCCCGCUGAGAAAAGCGUCUCCUUCAAUCGAGACGUCCACGUCAAGAGGAUCGGACGUGGAGCACCACGCGUGACCGCGGCACUCGUAGGAGAUGGCGAAGGCCGGCUGAUCGCCACCCCGGUGCACAAGGAGAGCAUUGCGUCGAGGAGCAAGGAAGACCUGGCACAGGAGGCGGCUCUGGUGCUACAGCAGGCGGAGAGUCUUCACUGCGUGGCGCACGACAACCGACGAUUGCCCGGCCGAUUCAGCACACUUCCGGCGCGGCGUAACAAGAAGAGGCCGGAACUGCCGCUCGAUGUGAGACGCAGGAGCGAGGAACUCGGCGCGACCACGAGCAGCGCUGAUCUCGCCAUCGAGGCGACACCGAGGCCGAAGAAGAAGGCAUUGGAGCGGAGCGCCAGCGAUGCCAGCAACGCGAGAAAGCAGCUGAGGGGCUCGCUGGCGAGGUUCUUCUCACCCAAGUUAGAGCGUAAACGGAAGCCGGUGGGACGUAGUGCGAGCGACGCGGCCAGCUCGUCGAGGUCUCAUCGGAAGAGGAGUGGCAGCGAAAGCGAGGGAUCGCAUCUCGGCAGCAGCCGCGCGAAGAAGCAGCUGUCGCCGAUAAUUGAAGCGUCACCGUCCCACGUUGAUCAUCAGCCGUUCCAUUUCGGUGGCUUGGAGAGCGGUAGUUCUCGACCAGAGGCGAAGAAGUCGAAGCAAGAGGAGAGCACAACGAAUGCCGAGAGGAAGGUGAGCGAACAAACAGAGACGACAGAGACGAGAGAGAAGGUUGAGAGAAGAACGGAAGAAGCGAGUCGAAUCGGGAAGCCACCGAUAUCGCCUAGGAGAGAGGGUGGUGGCAAAGGAGUGGUGAGACAUAUACCCAUCGAGAUCGAGGCGAAAGAGAACGAGAGGAAGAAAGAAGCAACAGCGCAGAGGAAGGAGGAGAAGGCGACAGGUCCGACUGUCUCGCCGGUGGCAAAGGACACUGGGAUCGACGAGGUAGACAAGGUCGCCGCAAGUAGCAUGCUGCACAGCAGUCGAUACGAUCUGCAGCAACGAACUGCGAGCGAGGAAUCGACGAUACACAAGAUGAUUCAUCGAUUGUCCAGCGAUCGGUCGCCGCCGCCGCAGCUAACGAAAACCAUGGUCUCGCCCGGGCCAGGAUUCGGUCACAACAACAACCGGCCGUUCUCCUACACCAGACCGAACGAAUCCUGCAGCCCACCGCCGCCGCCGCAGACCAACGUGAUCUAUGCUCAGGUGCAAACCGAGAAAAAGAAGGCGCAGAGAAGUCACUCGGACAGCGACGAGGGCCUCGGCCUUGAGCGGAAGGACUCGUCGCGCGAGAACAGCCCAGCGGAGAAAGAGUACCGUAGGACGGAUUACUCGUACAGCAGCGACCUGCGUCGCAACAACGAGAUCAACGCGUUCAAAUCCAGGUAUGAGGAGGACAGGAAGAACAGUGGCACGCACCCAUUCUCCACCCAUUACGCGACCGGCGCGCAGGAUUACGCGAGCAGAAACACAGAUGCGAAACGGCGUCACGAGUUCGACGACAUCGACAGACGGCUGUACGACAAGCCGGAGAAGUACACGUCCACGGUGUUCGUUGAUACGUCCGGCAGAGGCAGAGCCGAUGGCACGGACGCCAGACAACGGGACAGCAACGAAUUAUUCUCCGGCAGGCAGGCCCAGAAUAUCGGUAUAUCGAACAAAACGUCCGAGCUGAGCGCCAGGCGCGACCUUCUCGAGUCGAGGAUCAAGUCGAGGCUGCUUGCUGACGAGAUGUUCGCUGCAAAGAACAGCGUGAACAACGUGCCGAUCAAGAAGUCCGAGCACGAGAUCAUCGACAAACCGAUCGUCCCAUCGCCGGUCACACCGAACCGCGUCGCCUCGCCCAAACGCUACAUGGACACGUACAUCACGGAGACGCGCACCAACAGCAACGGCGAGAAGUACAUUUUCGAGAAGGAGAUACACGAGGACAACGGCAAGGUGUACGGCUACGAGAAGAAGAUCACCAACAAGAUCCCGUCGGACGGUUACAUCGAUGCAAAGCCGAGGGAUGGAUACACGGUGGAAACGAGGACGGACAAGUACGGAGACAAGUACAUCGUCGAGACGCGUACGCACGAGGGUUAUGCGGACGAUCUGAAGCCGUUCCUCGGCGAUAGAAGUAGAACCAGCCCGGAGGAUCGAUACCACGCUGCCAGAAACACGACCACCAGCCCUUAUGGCAAGUCGUCCGGCCUUCGUCCGGAGGAGAGCACUGUUACUCGUCAAUUUCGGGCCGAACAGUCCAGGGAAAACAACCUUCCUUCGUCGAUAAUCGCCAACAACAAGUUCACCGCGACCGAGAGGAAGUUCUCCAAGAGCGACGACUUCCUGGACAGGGAGGUGAGACGACCGAUGAGAGAAAACGGCUACCUGCCGAAAAAGAAGAACAACAACAUCGAGUCGAUUCGCGGCAUGAGCAAGUCGACGCAACGUUUGGACGAGGUGGGCGAGAGUUCGCGCGUCAGGGCGUUGAGGAGCGAGUACACGAGCAGAUCGCACGAGAAUCUGACCAGUCAUGGCGAUUACGUGAACGCGAGGGAUGUGCGAAAGGAGAGAUCGCCAUUCGCGAAACGACACUUGGACAGCCUGCGCGAAGGCCCGAACGACGACUACGACACGGACAUAUCGCAGAUGACCAGCAGUCAGUUGGAGUCCAAGUACUACAAGGAGACCCGCACCACUCAACGGUAUACCAGCAGCAAGCAUCCGAUUCACGACGAUUACGACAGUUCACCGCCGAGGAUACGCACCGAUCGUACCGGUGGCUACAACUCGAGCAGAUACGACUCGGACACCACGGCAAGAGACUCGAUCCGCUGCGAGACACGAUACGACGAGACGUCGUCGCGCACAUUAAGGAAGGAACAUCGAAAGUUGGACGAGGAUCCGAAGAAACCACUGAGACGGUCGCGCAACCGACUGGAUUAUUUCGACGAUUCCGACGCGAGAGAGAGCCCGAGGGUGAAGGCUGGUGUCGGUCGGUUGGAACCGUUUGAUGAGAGUCCCGCCAGGCCACCGAGAGCCUACCACGAUGGCAGCAAGUCCCGACACACCAGGCAGGAGACCAGAACGCACACGGAGCGGCGACACCGCGAGACACGACUCAGCGACUCGGAUCGGAAGGAUCGUCUGGCCGAUUCCGGAAUCGAGAACGAUUACAGGCGGGACUCGCAGGAGGUCGAUCGACGGGAACAGAUCGAGUCCGAGGACGAGGGUUUCGUCACGAGGCAAUUUAUCAAACACGAGAGACGGCACACCGACAGGAGCAUGAAUCUGACGCCGAACGAGCAACGGAAGUACGAUAAAUAUUCCAACGACGCGGGCAAGUCGCCGCCGGUGACCGCGAAGCCGCCCUCCGGCGCGGACAAGAAGUACGAGAAGAAGGCAGCGAAGAAGAGUGGCACGAUGAGCAAGGUGAAGCAGCUGUUCAGCAAGAAGGAGAAAAAGGCCAAGGAGGAGAAGAACAAGAAGAACGCGAGGGGAAGCGGCAGCGGCGCGCUCACCGACGACGAGGUGACGAUCAGGUACAGAGAGUACCGAGGCGAUCAGCUGAGGAGUGCUAAGAGCGCGCGAGACCUGGGCAGCGACAUCAAUCAGGAAGAGUACAGCCAACGAAGACGCCUGUCCACUCCCAGCGGCAGUCCCAGUCCGCCCAGGCCGACAAGGCUGUCGAGAUCUACGGGUACACUCACCAGAGAAGAGGAAUCCUUCUGCGAGUCGAGUAACACCCUCACCAGAGAGAAUCAGGGCCAAGAAGCUGAGAGGAAGGGCUGGUUCAAGUCUCUGUCCAGGAAGAAUAAAUCGAACAUCAAGACGGUGGACAAGAAACCGAGGAUACCAGAAAGCGAAAUCUUAACCACCGGAACCGAGGACGAGGAAGUCUCAUCCGCACCCGAACGAGUCUCCGUACAAAAGAACUUGCGUUUCUUUGGUGACACCGAUCAAGAGUCUGUUUCGUCCAAUAGAGAUCGCAGAAACAAACGAGACGACCACGCCUGUUCAGGGCGUGAUGUUACGAAUUCCAGCCGUCACAAUUUGGGUAUACUGUCGCCACCUCGGAAACCACCGAGGCUCGCUGAAAGCGCGUUGUCUUCCGGUGAGAGUACAACGGGUGAUAGCAGUCAACAGAGUCAAAACUCUCAAAGAUCACAGAGAUCAGUCGUAUAUCUUCAUGCUGCUACAGUGGGCGAAAUACCUGGCCCCAAUGAAAGACGUAGAGCAGCGAGCAGGGAGGAAUUAAAUCGACCACUUCAAUCGCAUACGAGAACAGUAUCGAGGAGUGUCAGUGUUCUCGCACCCUGGAAACCUAGACAUUAUAGGGAACCUUUCGAAAUAAAUUACGAUCAACAAUUACAUCCAAAGCCUCUGGCAACUAUAAGGCGCAGGCAAAGAAGUCGCGAGACAUUAAGUCGUCGGGGAAAAGAUAUGCGACGAAGCAAAGAUAAUCUCUCAAAAACUGGUACGAUUAAUCGUAGCACGCUGAAAUCGAAAGACAAGCAAAAGGUGGAUAGAACCGUUUCCACGGAAUCGUUGGCCACCAAAUCACGGAAUGUAAACUCAAAACCAGAACUAAACAGAUCCACAUCCGUUCCACGCGAUCCGAAUAAGAGUGCGGGUUGGUUCAAGCUGAAAAGCAAAAAAUCCCGAACUUGAAGGGGAGGCCAUUGAUUAAUGCUAGUCUUGAGUCUCAUAAGUAAUUCGUAAUUGUAAGGGAUUAACGAUAACACACACGCAUCGAUCCACCGCCGUACUCACGGACAAUAUAUAUAAUUGUACAACAAGUUAUUAUUUUAUCAUUGUAUUUUGUUUCUUCUAAUGUAUAAUGAAAAAUCCGCCUCAGAUCAAAAACGAUUUAAUGACUAAAUAAGUAAUUCUUAUUAACCGAAUAAAAGAAAUUGACAAGUUCUUCGUUGUUUUAAUAUAUAAUCAUUGUAAUUACAAUUAAUAAUGUAAAUUUAAUUAUGAUGUUGAUUGUGAACUACAUUGCGCUUAAACUACUUUUGUAAACAAGUUAUGCGGUCCAUGGCAAAAUGUAAAAUUAUCUGAAUAUGUACACACGUUGCUAAAACACUA